AUGAAUGAAAUAAAAUAAAAUGAAUAUUUAUUAAAAAAUAGAAAAGAAAAAGAAUGGCUGAAUAGAAAAUAAUUAAAAUUUUUAAGAGACACAGCCGUUACGAGUGAUGACUCAGGAGAUGAAUUUGAGAAACAAAAAUAAUUCGAAAUUUUUAUAAAAUAAAAGAAAUAAUUUCAAUGGGAAGAAAGAAGCUUAACCAUUUUCAGUCUAAAAUUCGGUAAAGUAUACUCUGAAGUCAUAUGUCUCAAUAUCAAUCAUUACUUAAUGUAACUUGGUAAUUUAUUCAAAAAAAUCACGAAACACUUGACUCCUUUACCACCUUAUAUUAUUACGCCUGAUGGAUCAAUUAAAAUGAUUUGGGAUUUAUUGUGUUUAUCAUUUGUGAUUUAUGAAAUGAUUAGUAUUCCAUUUUAAAUAAGUUUUGAAAUUGAAAUUAGUAAGGAAAUCUCGAUGGCUUCUUUAGGAGUGUUUGCUUUGGAUAUUCUCUUGAAUUUUAACACCGGAGUCUAUUUGGAUGGUAUAUUAUCGAUGAAAAGAGAUAAAAUAAUAAGGAAUUACCUCUCAUUUUGGUUUUGGAUUGAUUUAAUUUCAACCUUUCCAUAUGACAUAAUUAUUGAUGAAUCAGAAUCACUGAUACAAAGUGCAAAAUUACUAAGGUUAUUUAAAUUUUUGAAAUUUAUCCAUAUAUUAAAACUUCUAAGAUUGGCUAAAUUAAAAAAGAUUAUUGACAUAUUAGAUGAGGUUAUUUAAAAUAUCAGGAUACUCGGUAUAGUAAUAACCUUUUGUAAACUAUUUGUCUUCGUCUUGUUCUUAGCUCAUGUAUUAGGAUGUAUAUUCCAUUAUGCCUCCAGAGAAGAAUCAAAUUCAUGGCUAGGAGAUAAUGAAAAUGCUGAUUGGUAAAUAAGAUAUAUCUAUUCCUUAUAUUGGGGUAUUGCCACUAUGACUACUGUCGGUUAUGGAGAUAUCAGUCCCACAACUACAACAGAGAGAGGAUUAGGAAUUAUUUUAUUGUUAGUCGCAUGUGGAGGAUUUGCAUUUACUAUGAAUUCAAUUGGUUUCGCAUUAUCCUCUUUGGAAGAGAGGACAAAUGUUAGAAAAUCAAAAGUUAACGUUCUGAAUAGAUAUAUGAAAUAAGCAAAUAUACCUGAUGGGUUACAAAAUAAGGUUAGGAAAUACCUAGAAUAUGUAUGGGAUAGUCAUUAAAUUUUAUUAAAUGAUAUCACUAGUUUACUUUCACAGGAAUUAUGUAAGGACAUUUUGGAGUAGGUGAAUGGCAAAUUAUUUGGACAUAUUGAUAUAUUCUGGUAGUUUCAUUCAUAUAAAUUUUUGGUAGAAGGAAUCAUUCCAAUUUUAGAGGAUAAAUUAUAUUUACCGGAGGAAGUCAUUUUUAAUGAAAUUCCUUCUACUAAUUAUGAUUUAUUCUUAAUUUAAAAAGGAGAGGUCAGUAUAUAUUUUAUGAAAACGAAUAUUGUAAUUGAUAAUAAAACUAAAUAUGAUUACUUUGGAGAAAUCAGUUUCUUUACAAAUUAAGUAAGAUCUGCUAGUGCUUAAAGUAAAUAGUUUUCUCACAUUUUUAUCUUAAAUCAAAGUAAAUACUUAGAGAUUGCAAAAAUUUAUCCAAGAGAUUUAUAACAAUAUUUUAAUAUUCGAAAUUCUAUUUUAUUUGAAAAGGAUUAUAGUUUUAUAUAAGUAAGAUGUUAUGUUUGCUAAAUGGAUGAUCAUCUUGCUAAGGAAUGCCCAGUAUUACAUUUUUAAGUGUAAUUAUUCUAACUAUAAUAGUAACGCUCCUCACUUUUUAUCAUUUUUACAUCAAUAUUAUAGAGUAUAUUAGGCUUCCUAUAUCAGGAAAGAUAGAAUCGAUUUUAAUGCAAGAUCCUCUUCCUACUAAAUCCAAUAAUCCUAAAGAAGAUUCUUAUAAAUAAAUUCCAGAAGAUAAACCUAUGUUAAUUCUAAAGGACCCAGAAAUUCAUUUUUUGUUGACUAUUACGACGUUGAUUUUGAAGAUUUAUAUAAAAAUGACAAAUAACCAUCGAGACUGAUGGCAGCUCUCAAAAACACUUAUUUUAAUAAUAAAAACAAAAAAAAAUUUGAUUUGUUAAACAUGAAUAUCGAUUCUCCUUUGAGUUCCAAAAGAUCAAUUGGAGCGAUCACAUAAAGAAUAAUGAUUGAAGAACAACAAAUAGAUCAAAUAGCAUCUGAUAGAUUUAAUGACCUUUUAGAUUAAAUUAAUACAAUUAAAUAGAAAAAACGAUCGUUUACACAUAUUCAUUUUACAUUAUUACCAGAAUUUGAGAAAAUAUAAAUAUACAAUAACUUUAGUUAAUGGUACAACAUUGAAAAUGUAUUGGAAAGGUACAAGAUAGUUUAACAAAAAGGUCUAAUGUCUUAAAUACCUCACAAGUACACUCGAUUUGGAUUAGAAGAGUUUAUAUCUUAUCAAUAAUAUUAUUGUUUUUACCUAAAGAAAAGUGAUAUUUAUAGAUAUUACACAAAAUGUCAUUAGAAUUAAGGGGAUGUCUAUUACGGAUUUGAGAAUGAGAGAAUAUUUAACUUAAAUAGAGUAGAGAAGAAGAGAAGUAAAUAUAUAAAAGUUGAUNGACAUUUUGGAGUAGGUGAAUGGCAAAUUAUUUGGACAUAUUGAUAUAUUCUGGUAGUUUCAUUCAUAUAAAUUUUUGGUAGAAGGAAUCAUUCCAAUUUUAGAGGAUAAAUUAUAUUUACCGGAGGAAGUCAUUUUUAAUGAAAUUCCUUCUACUAAUUAUGAUUUAUUCUUAAUUUAAAAAGGAGAGGUCAGUAUAUAUUUUAUGAAAACGAAUAUUGUAAUUGAUAAUAAAACUAAAUAUGAUUACUUUGGAGAAAUCAGUUUCUUUACAAAUUAAGUAAGAUCUGCUAGUGCUUAAAGUAAAUAGUUUUCUCACAUUUUUAUCUUAAAUCAAAGUAAAUACUUAGAGAUUGCAAAAAUUUAUCCAAGAGAUUUAUAACAAUAUUUUAAUAUUCGAAAUUCUAUUUUAUUUGAAAAGGAUUAUAGUUUUAUAUAAGUAAGAUGUUAUGUUUGCUAAAUGGAUGAUCAUCUUGCUAAGGAAUGCCCAGUAUUACAUUUUUAAGUGUAAUUAUUCUAACUAUAAUAGUAACGCUCCUCACUUUUUAUCAUUUUUACAUCAAUAUUAUAGAGUAUAUUAGGCUUCCUAUAUCAGGAAAGAUAGAAUCGAUUUUAAUGCAAGAUCCUCUUCCUACUAAAUCCAAUAAUCCUAAAGAAGAUUCUUAUAAAUAAAUUCCAGAAGAUAAACCUAUGUUAAUUCUAAAGGACCCAGAAAUUCAUUUUUUGUUGACUAUUACGACGUUGAUUUUGAAGAUUUAUAUAAAAAUGACAAAUAACCAUCGAGACUGAUGGCAGCUCUCAAAAACACUUAUUUUAAUAAUAAAAACAAAAAAAAAUUUGAUUUGUUAAACAUGAAUAUCGAUUCUCCUUUGAGUUCCAAAAGAUCAAUUGGAGCGAUCACAUAAAGAAUAAUGAUUGAAGAACAACAAAUAGAUCAAAUAGCAUCUGAUAGAUUUAAUGACCUUUUAGAUUAAAUUAAUACAAUUAAAUAGAAAAAACGAUCGUUUACACAUAUUCAUUUUACAUUAUUACCAGAAUUUGAGAAAAUAUAAAUAUACAAUAACUUUAGUUAAUGGUACAACAUUGAAAAUGUAUUGGAAAGGUACAAGAUAGUUUAACAAAAAGGUCUAAUGUCUUAAAUACCUCACAAGUACACUCGAUUUGGAUUAGAAGAGUUUAUAUCUUAUCAAUAAUAUUAUUGUUUUUACCUAAAGAAAAGUGAUAUUUAUAGAUAUUACACAAAAUGUCAUUAGAAUUAAGGGGAUGUCUAUUACGGAUUUGAGAAUGAGAGAAUAUUUAACUUAAAUAGAGUAGAGAAGAAGAGAAGUAAAUAUAUAAAAGUUGAUAAAGUAUUGUUUAAUCUAAAAAUUAGUUUAGGAGGCAGGACUUUAUAAAGCAACAGAAAUCAAAUGUCUGA